GUUCUUCGCUUGAGACACACGGAAAUGUCAACACACCAUUCCGCAGCCAACACACGCAGCUCAGCCCCUUCUCCCGGCGCCUCCUGCUAUAUCGUCUUCAGCCCUGCGUUACUCUUCUCCGUAAUUUUUACAACCUCUUCGUUCCCGACAUCAUAAUGCUAUUCUCGACCAAACGAAAAUGGGACAAGCUCAUGAAUGCCGCGCCGAAGCCGGCGCCGACCGUGACCACCACUACUACCGCAACAGCGGUGGCAGCCAAUACCACCUCCGAACCAAUCUCGCCCACUCCCUCCUCAACGCUCACUGUACGGACAUCCUCUCGCAUCCCAGUGGACCCCAAAAAGCGGCGCGUCGACGAAGCCGAAAUCACCUCGCCCACGAAAUUCAGUAUCCGCGCAGUCUCACCCUCGGGCUCCGUGCGCUCCACACGCUCGACCGUUCUCACGACCACAACAGACAGCAAAGCGCAUGGGACGUACGCGCCGUGGGACCGCGACGCAUUCCUGGACCGCCUGAAAUCAUACCGCUUCGUCGAUAAGUGGAGUGCGAAACCGACGGUGGUGAAUGAGGUGGCGUGGGCCCGCCGCGGAUGGGUCUGCUUCGAUAAGAACCGCGUGAGAUGUAAUACCUGCCGUGCGGAACUGCUGGUCGCCGUCGAGCUCGACGAUGAGCAAACUGAAGAUGGCCGGGCGCUGGUGGAUCGCUACGGCGCUAUGGUGGUCGAGGAGCAUGAUGAGAGCUGUUUAUGGAGGAGGAAGGGGUGUGAUGAUACUAUUUAUAGGUUGAACCUCUCGAAAGCGUCGAUUGCGCGACCGGCGUUUGCGGCGAGGUAUACUACGUUGGUCAAGAUCAGGAAUGAGAUUCCGCCGUCUAUCUCAUACCCCGAGGAUGUCGAACCGGCGGCGCUACAUUAUCCCUCGGAAUGCAUGGAAGAGGGCCCAAUUUUCGAGACUGCAGCGAUGCUAGCGCUGUUUGGUUGGAGGAACGACGAUCCGGGGAUUCCAAGUCUGGUGUCGUGCUCGGCAUGCUUCCGACGCCUUGGGCUGUGGCUUUUUAGAAAGAAGACCGCGGAGAAUGGCACGGAGGAGGACGAGGCGAGUGUCUGCAGGUUGGACUUGGUCGGGGAACAUCGUGAUUAUUGUCCGUGGGUCAACGCCGCUUCACAAGGUAAAGAGCCCGGAUGGUGCACGAUGCUGCGUGUCCUCAAACAACCAUCAAGAGGAGUUUCCGGAGCGGCGAGUGUCUAUAGUGUAGCCUCGGUUGCCUCCACCCACUCUCACGAACUGACCAAUGAAGAACGGGACGCCGAGGAUAACAGCAAGCUACAGAAACUACGGCGGCUUAAGACUUUGUACUUUGGCAAGAAGAAGAGGGAGGUCAAGAAGGUUGACAAGGAGAAGGAGAAGGAGGCGGAGACGGUGCCAACGACACCAUCUUCAGAGAAGGAUUGAGAGCAUGAGUAACUACAGCAUAACACUUUGUAUUUUGUAUUGCGGCGUUUUCGGAAAUAGUUGGAUUCUUUUGUACUGUUGACUCUGUUAUCCUGGCCUUCGUCUUAUACCCAGAUAUCUCCAUGAAAUUGGUC